AUGAAUCGACUCCUAAAGAAGUCAGCAGGUACCAGGAUACAAAUAUGCAAGGUGUGGUGUACGAAUUGAAUAGCUACAUAGAACAGCGCCUGGAUACAGGAGGAGAUAACCAACUACUUCUGUAUGAACUGAGCAGCAUCAUUAAAAUAGCUACAAAAGCUGAUGGAUUUGCACUGUAUUUCCUGGGAGAAUGCAAUAAUAGUCUGUGUGUAUUUACACCACCAGGAGCUAAAGAAGGACUGCCACGGCUCAUCCCUGCAGGGCCCAUUGCACAUGGCACUACAGUAUCUGCUUAUGUAGCCAGAUCCAGAAAGACGUUGUUAGUAGAAGAUAUUCUGGGGGAUGAGCGAUUUCCCAGAGGUACUGGACUGGAAUCAGGGACUCGUAUCCAAUCUGUUCUAUGUUUGCCAAUUGUUACUGCAAUUGGUGACCUGAUUGGUAUCCUGGAGCUUUACCGUCACUGGGGCAAAGAAGCCUUCCACCAUAGUCACCAAGAGGUUGCAACAGCAAAUCUUGCAUGGGCUUCAGUAGCAAUACAUCAAGUACAGGUGUGCCGGGGCCUUGCCAAGCAGACUGAGCUGAAUGACUUCUUGCUUGAUGUAUCGAAAACGUAUUUUGAUAAUAUAGUUGCAAUAGAUUCUCUACUUGAACAUAUAAUGAUAUAUGCAAAAAACCUGGUGAAUGCAGAUAGGUGUGCACUCUUCCAGGUUGACCACAAAAAUAAGGAGCUGUAUUCAGACCUUUUUGAUAUUGGAGAAGAAAAUGAUGGGAAACCUGUCUUCAAGAAGACCAAAGAAAUAAGAUUUUCUAUAGAAAAAGGAAUAGCUGGUCAAGUGGCAAGAACAGGAGAAGUCCUUAACAUCCCUGAUGCCUAUGCAGAUCCACGCUUUAACAGAGAAGUAGACCUCUACACAGGCUACACAACCAGAAAUAUCCUGUGCAUGCCUAUUGUAAGCCGAGGAAGUGUUAUAGGUGUUGUGCAGAUGGUGAACAAAAUAAGUGGAAGUGCCUUCUCUAAAACUGAUGAGAACAACUUUAAAAUGUUUGCAGUCUUUUGUGCUUUAGCCUUACACUGUGCUAAUAUGUACCACAGAAUUCGCCAUUCAGAGUGUAUUUACCGUGUAACGAUGGAGAAACUAUCCUACCACAGUGUUUGUACAGCAGAAGAGUGGCAAAACCUCAUGCACUGUACACUGCCUCCACAUAUUUAUAAAGAAAUUGAACUAUACCACUUUGAUAUCAGCCCAUAUGAGGAUGUCUGGCCUGCCAUUUUUGUCUACAUGGUUCACCAGUCCUGUGGGACAGCCUGGUAUGAAGAGUGGUGCCACAGCCAGGGCUCCGGCUACUGGGACCAUGGGACUCACUUUGAGAAAGCUGGUCUCCUGGGGGCUGAUGGGGUACAUCUCUCAGAGAAGGGGGAGAACAUCUUUGGACAAAGGCUAGCCAGUCUAGUAAGGAGGGCCCUGGAUUUGCUGGGGGAUGGGAUCCUCAAUCCACCCCACUUCAAGGCCAGUGCUGAAAAUAGAUGCCCUGACCUUGGAGAUGGAUCACAGGCCAGCGAGCGAGCACAGGAAGUGCAAGACAAUGAAUUCCAGCCAUUAAGCGUUCCAGCUGGUAAGUCAGCUUCCAUGGGGGACCCACUUAAGUGCCUCUGUGCAAACACAUGGAGCAUGGAGAACAAACAAGAGGAAUUAGAGAUGUGUGCACAUCUACAAGGCUAUGAUGUUAUAGGCAUCACUGAGACAUGGUGGAAUAGCUACUAUGAAUGGACUGUAGGAUUAGAUGGGUACAGGCUUUUUAGGAAAGACAGGCAGGGCAGAAGAGGAGGGGCUGUUGCCCUUUAUGUCAAGGACCAGCUGGAGUCCUUGGGGCUUGGCCUGGGGGUGGAUGAGGAGUUGACCGAGAGUUUAUGGGUCAGGGUUAGAGGAAAGGCAGAGGAAGGUGAUAUCAUAGUGAAGAUCUGCUGCAGGCCACCUGACCAGGAUGAUCGAGCCCUCUAUAGAUAG